AGUGGAUCCAAGAUGGCGUAGAAAGUAAAGCUAGAAGUUUUGUCCCUGAGUCAUGGCGGACAGGAGAGCGGAGAAGUCAUGUGAAGAAGCCAGCAGAUCGUUAGCCAGGCGGGAGUACGAGGCGGUAGUCAACCACAGCUCGGACGCCCUGGUGGUCCUUGCACCCCAAACCCCAUCAUCUGGUGCCCCUGUCCCGCCGAGUCCUCCAGCUCUUGUUGUCGCCGCCGGACCCCUCCGCAGCCGCGCCCUGCUUUACCGAAUUGCUGCCUUCCUGCAGCUGAAAAACUAUGAUGAAGCAGACGAAGACUGCAAAUAUGUCCUGGCAGAAGAGAUUGCCAGGGGAGAUGGUUCGCUACAAGCCAGCCUGCACGCCAUGCUGUUGGAUGGCAGCCUGCAGGAGGUGGCAAGCAUCCUAUCUAAGGCCUUGUAUGGAGAGCCUCUGAAUGGUAUUGUUGCAAAAGAUCUGACCAGAUUAAAAAUGCUAUUCUCAGAAGUAGAGGCUAUAAAUAGGGAGAUGGCACCAGAAUACACAGAUGACCAAGAGGAAGAGGUCCAAGAUGGUUGGCAGUUCCGGCCUCCUCCCAGAGGAGUCACCAGCAGUGAGGAAUACACCCUCUGUAAAAGGUACUUGGAGCAGGGUCUAUGUCGGUACGGGGCCCAAUGUACAUCAGCCCACUCGCAAGAGGAACUAAUGGAGUGGCAGAAGCGCUAUGCGUCACGCCUCAUCCGCCUCAAACAGCAGCAAGAGAGCAAACACUUCACUGAGAACUACAUGGAGACCCUCAUAGAAAAAUGGAUGAACUCCCUCUCACCCGAGAAAGUGCUAAGUGACUGUUUGGAGGGAGUGAAUGUUGAGAUGAGCUCCAGCCUCUCUGUUACUGUCACUACCAAAAAAUCCUCCCACUCCUGGACCUUCUCCUUGUUGUGCAAGCCUGCAAGAAAGCUGUUCCGAAUCGCCCUGCUCUACGAUGCCCACCGACCACACUUCUCUAUCACAGGCGUGUCGGCGGGGGACCGGCUUCAGCCUGUCCCCAAAGGCUGCCAAGAGUGGACUGCUGGAGAGGAAACAGCAGUGGCAGCGGACAAUGGCCUGGACCACUGUGUCUACAAGGUAGCAGUGGGCUUCAGCACGGAGAUCUUCGGUACCUUCCGGCAGACCGUUGUUUUUGACUUUGGCUCAGAACCUGUGCUGAUGCAGCGGAUCAUGGUAGAUGCUGCCUCUAUUGAAGACCUUGAACAUCUGAUGGCAGCUAGGCAGCAACUUUUGAUUACUGCAAAGCGCUGGGACUCUUCCUGUAAGACCAUUGUAGAAUUCAGUCCUAAUGAGACAAUGGCUGAACUGGAACGCAGCCUCCUAUCCCGCUAUCAGAUCCCUCUUUCAGCUGAUCAGCUCUUCACCCAGUCAGUCCUGGACAAGACUCUGACCAAAGACAACUACCAGGCCCGACUGCACGACCUGCUCUACAUAGAAGAGAUUGCACAAUACAAGGAAGUUAGCAAGUUUAACAUCAAAGUGAAUCUCCAGCUAGUCACCAGCUUUAUGCUGACCGGCAUUUCAGUUGGAGCCAAAUAUGCCCAGAAUGGUCAACUCUUUGCACGCUUCAAACUCACAGAAACACUGUCUGAGGACACAUUGGCUGGACGGCUAGUGAUGACCAAGGUGAAUUCAGUCCUUGUACUGCCAUUGGGCCGUGAGGGGGCCAGCAGCCAGCCACCUCCUGGGGUCAAAGAGCGUGUUUAUGAAGCUGUGAUCGAGGAGAAGACCAAGGAGUACAUCUUCCUCAGGAUCUGUAGGGACUGCUGUGAAGAGCUGGGACUACAGCCAGACAGAGAAAUACAGGUGGAGCUUCAGUUCCAGCUGAACAGGCUGCCGCUCUGUGAGAUGCACUAUGCCCUUGAUCGCAUCAAAGACAAUACAAUCCUUUUUCCUGACGUUAGCCUUGUUCCCACCAUUCCCUGGAGCCCUAACAGGCAGUGGGACGAGCAGCUGGAUCCCCGUUUAAACGCCAAGCAGAAGGAGGCAAUCCUGGCCAUCACCACACCCAUAUCCAUCUCCCUGCCCCCAAUCCUCAUCAUCGGGCCCUAUGGCACUGGCAAGACCUUCACCCUGGCACAGGCUGUCAAGCACAUCCUCCGCCAGGACCACAGCAGGGUCCUAAUCUGCACCCACUCCAACAGUGCGGCUGACCUUUACAUUAAGGACUACCUUCAUCCUUAUGUUGAAGCAGGCAAUCCACAUGCCAGACCUCUCAGGGUAUACUUCAGGAACCGCUGGGUAAAGACAGUCCACCCAGUGGUCCAGCAGUACUGUCUCAUCUCCGGCACACAGGUCACUUUCCAGAUGCCCACAAGGGAGGACAUCCUCAGGCACCGUGUGGUGGUGGUCACCCUCAGCACCUCCCAGUACCUCUGCCAGCUUGACUUGGAGCCUGGACUGUUCACUCAUAUCCUACUGGAUGAGGCAGCCCAGGCCAUGGAGUGUGAAACCAUCAUGCCUUUUGCUCUGGCUAGCAAAACCACCCGCAUCGUGCUGGCUGGAGACCAUAUGCAGCUCAGUCCAUUUGUAUACAGCGAGUUUGCACGGGAGCGCAAUCUGCAUGUGUCACUGUUGGACCGGCUGUAUGAGCACUACCCCCCUGAAUUCCCCUGUCGCAUCCUCCUGUGUGAGAACUACCGCUCCCAUGAAGCUAUCAUCAACUACACAUCAGAAUUAUUUUAUGAUGGGAAGUUAAUGGCAAGUGGGAAGCAGCCAUCCCAUAAAGACUUCUAUCCUCUGACAUUCUUCACAGCCAGAGGAGAAGAUGUUCAGGAGAAGAACAGCACUGCCUACUACAACAACGCUGAGGUAUUUGAGAUUGUGGAGCGAGUGGAGGAGUUGCGCAAAAAGUGGCCAGUGGCCUGGGGUAAACUGGAUGAGGGCAGCAUCGGGGUAGUGUCACCAUAUGCCGACCAGGUGUUUCGCAUUCGUGCAGAACUCAGAAAGAAGAGAAUGCACGAGGUCAGCGUGGAAAGAGUGCUCAAUGUCCAAGGUAAACAGUUUCGGGUGCUAUUUCUCAGCACGGUGCGGACACGGCAUACCUGCAAGCACAAGCAGACAGCCAUCAAGCGCAAAGAACAGCUUGUUGAGGACUCAACUGAGGAUUUGGACUACGGAUUCCUCUCCAACUACAAGCUACUGAACACGGCCAUCACCAGAGCGCAGUCCCUGGUUGCAGUGGUGGGAGAUCCUAUUGCACUGUGCUCUGUGGGGCGCUGCAGGAAGUUCUGGGAGCAUUUUAUCUCCAUCUGCCACCAAAAUUCAAGCCUUCAUGGCAUCACCUUUGAGCAGAUCAAGGCUCAGCUGGAGGCCCUGGAGCUCAAGAAGACCUAUGUCCUUAACCCACUAGCCCCAGAGUUCAUCCCCCGUGCUCUCAGGCCCCUGCAGGGGCACCAUUCUACUUCACAAUCCCUCCAUCCCCACCACCAUCCACAUCCUCAGCAUGCACAGCCUGUCUCCAACAAGCAGGGUCAACAGCAGCAGCAGCAGUCACCCCCUAAGGGUAAACACGCAAACCAUACAGAUCACCUUCCACCUGAAGGAUAUGUCCAACCCAACCCGGCCGUUCUCAUGGGAAACCCGAUUCGAGCCUUCACACCACCCUUGAGUGGGACACAAGCUGGCAUGGGCAAGUCCCCCAGUCCUGUCCAGAGGAUAGAUCCUCACACCGGUGCCAGUAUCCUCUACGUUCCAGCAGUGUAUGGUGGAAACAUGGUCAUGUCCAUGCCCCUGCCUUUGCCUUGGCCAGGUUAUCAGAAUCGUUUUGCUGUGGAUCCUCGCAUCAUGAGCCACCAGGCAGCCAUGGCUUACAACUUCAACCUGUUGCAAGCCCAGAAUAGAAGCUCUCCCAUCCCAUACAGUGGGGUAGCCCACCCUUCCCCCCUAGGAAUGGGCCAACCCAGCCCAGACAAGGAGCUACAGGCAGACCCCAUCAGAAAUGGUAAAAUUGAAGUGUGUCCAAAGUCAGAGCAGAGUCGACUUCAGACGCCAGAGCGGAAAACUGCAGACGUGAAGGAUAAACAGGGAGAUUUAGACACAGGCCAAAGUCGAAAUCUAGACUCGCAGACAGAUGGGCUUGUUGGUUUUCCUAAUACGCUGCUCCAUCGAAAAGACCCCUCAGCUGCCCAAAGAUCCCUCAACUACCACCUGGCACCACCCAACCCUGGUUUUCCUUCACAUCCUGCCAGUGGAAGAGCCUAUCCUCCACAGUAUCCACUCUCCAGGCUUCCCUAUCGGGUCAACCAGCCCCAGCACCCAGGGAUGGCCCAGCAGAGUCAACAGCAGCAACAACAGCUUAGUCCUGCCUACACUGGUGGUAGCCACAGUGCUUCCUUCUUUAGCGGCCCCAUAGGCCCCCACAGAGCUGUCCAGUCCCCUACUCUGGAUGGACCAGAGUCUGGAGGGGUGGAGGAUAUGAGUGGCCCCAUAAGGACUUCAAUGGGCCACCCAGGUGGCCACCAUCCCGGCCUGUCACAGCAUAACAGGGUCAAUAGCUUUGGGGAGGACGGACAGGAUGGAAGCCUCGGAGAAAGUUUAGACCUUCAGGGUUCCAUAUCUCUCGAGGCCCUGAGCCAGCAGCAGCAGCAGCAGCAGCAGGCGGCCAGACUGGGCCAAUGGGGGGAGGCAGCCGGCCCUUUCCUCCAGGGCAGCGUCGCAUUCACUCUACCCCAACAGCUUGCUCACCUUCCUCAACCCGGUAUGGCUCGUUUCCCACAUCAUCUGCUCCGAGCAGCGAGUUGGGGUCUUAGUGCCAACAUGGAGGACGAAGCUGUUCCUUCUGCCUCCACUGGGCCACCUUUCAACAGGUACCCGGGCCUUUUGAGAGAGAUGCCCCCACAGGAGCAGCCUGAACCCAGAGAGGCAGCUGAGAUGCUACCCCCACCUCAGUCUCGCCUUCUCCAGUACCGCCAGUCCCAGUCCCAGUCCCGUGCCUCAGGUGACCCUUCAUCCAGUCUAGCCCCCGCCUCAAAUCACAUUGGCCCGUUCCCAUCAGGACCUUACUCCCACGACACUGGCCGUGACCUCCUUAGCGACAACCUUCUCAACAACCCAGCACUGCAGCAGCAGCAGCAGCAGCAGCACCCAGUGAAUCACCUCUACAGUACUGAUAACUACCCACAUCAGCCACCAGCUCAGUCUGCCAGCCCCCCUCCAUCCCAGGUCAAAUACCUUCUGCAAGAGACCCAGUGGUCCCAUGGUGGAGCUGCCUCAGUGAGCCCACCCCAGCAGAACCAUCUGUUAGGCAACCAGGGCCAUGGACUUCGCUACGGGCUGCCUCUCAUGGCUCACCCCAGCAGGCAGGAGCAAGUCCACCUGAUGCAGCUUCACCAUCAGCACCAGCAGCAUCAACAACACCAACAAAGUCAAGGUCCAGACCAGGAGUCCUACCACCCUCUGUCCCCCAGAACCUCAGCACCUACAGCCCUUCACAGUGUAGACGAGUAUGAACCCAGAGGACCAGGUCGGCCUCUCUAUCAGCGCCGUAUCUCGUCUAGCUACCCUGAUGAACCAUCUCCAGCCAACAACCACAAUGCCCUGUCUCAGCAGCCUCAGCCUUGUACAUCAGACCCCCAGGACCACCCCCAUGCGCACCUACAGCAUCAUCAGCACCCUCACGCCCCCUACGGUUACCCCGCACAUGACCCCUGGCCCAGUAAUGGAGGAGGUCCCGGUCCGUUUCAGAACAUUCCAUGUAACGGAGCCGGCACACUCGUUCAACACCGUGACCUUUUAGCAGCUUCCAAAGCCCUUCGUCAGACAGAGGAGCAGGUGAAAGCGGAGGCCACGGCAGCACAGCAGACACACCCACACUCCCUCAACUCCCUUCAGCACCUUGGACAGUUCCCGCCGCUCAUGGCCAAUAACAAGCAGCAGCCACCGCAGGCUCCCACCGAGCCCGCCCAGGGGGCUCCAAACUUAACCAAACCCCCCACCAUGUCCUAUGCCAGCGCCCUCCGCGCUCCACCCAAGCCCAGAGCCAUUCGGCCCGAACAGGUCAAAAAGAACAGCGACCCUCUGUCCCUCCUACAAGAGCUGAGUAUAGGAAGUUCUAAUAGUAGCAAUGGGUACUACUCCUAUUUCCCCAUCUCGAGUGAGUGUCACCUCCCCCCACAAAAUAAAUGAGUAAUAAAAUACAAAACCAAACCAAAAAAAAAAAAAAAAAUGCAAAACUCUUUCUAAAAACACAAAAAAAUAGUGCAAAGUGCAUUUACAAAUUGUUUCUAUCAAUAGAUUUGUUUUCAGAAUUUUGUUUCAUUUUAACUUUUUGUCAUCCCUUCUCCUGUUUCACAUAUCUGUGAAGAAAAUAAGUAUAUAUAAUGAAUGCAUUACUAGUAUAUAUACAUACACAUUAUGUAUAUAUGAAUAUAUACUUAUAUUAUCUACACUUGUAUAUGUACGUAAUGCAAAAAGUAAAACGAUAAAAAAAAAAAAAAAAAAAAAAAAAAGAAAAACAUAAAAAAAAAAAGGGUCAAGAUUUGGUUGACCACUUAGCUGCCUGCAUACUUUUCCUUAUUGAAGUUGGUUUUGUUGAUUACUAAAUGAAUAUGUUUUUUUUUUUCCUUCUAUUUUUUAUUAUUUUGUAUUCCUCAGUUUUGAGUGGAUGUUGCGUCUUGAUUUUCAUACUACUGUAGUUGUGGAAAUGGACUUAAGCUAAGUGGUCAACCAAUACAGAAACUACAUGGAACAGUGUAUAGAAGUAGAUAAAUUUUCCUCUAAUCUGUACAUAAAAAGAAAAUAAAUGACUGAAUUGUAUGCCACAGACAUGUCCUUAAAUUCUGUAUCAUGCUAGCCUUUGCAUUAUGAUUUUCUUUUCCAUUUGUUGGCUUCUGAUCCUGGAUUUUUAGAAGUCCGUACGUGGAAUCACCUCCAAUUAUUUAGAAAUAAAUGUGAUUCUUAUUUUACUGAAAAAUAACUAUAAAUUUUGAUGCAUAUUUUACCUUUCACUGUCUUAUCAGCAACAAUAGGUGCAGAGUGACUUUGUCAACAUAGCAACAACCAUGUCGUCCAUUCCUCUUUUUUUUUUUUUUUUUUUUUAAAUUUAAGAGUCAGAGAAAACCGAGGCAUCCCUUUCUAUGAUACGAUUACCCCCACACUGCUUCGCUUGUGGCCGAUGCUCAGUCAUUUGAUUUUUUUUAUUUUCUUCUCUCCCAUUUUUAAGACAUUAUUGUUGUGGCAGUUUUUCAGCCGGUGUCAAUGAAAACAAAAUCUUCACCCAGGAAAUGACUUCAAUAACUACUGGGGGACAUGAAAUGUUUUUGUUUUUUUUUCUUUAGUUUUUUUUUUUUUUUUUAUGGUAUUGUUGCUUAUGGUUUUAAAAGAUUGCCGUACUCUGAAGGUUUGUGAAAGUGAAGAGACUGCUAAGGUUAGAGUGGUGUGUAACGGUCAGUAAGUUGUAACUGAGGUUGUGAGCUACACUGUCAGUCACAUGGUUGCACAUGUCGAGUUUUUGGUCAAAUCUCAAGUGUGGUGUAAAAUGUCACAAAUAUAUAGCCUGAAACUGAAGCGAAUAGUCACGAUUUUGGGUGCUAUUCUGACAUGAACUUCAAAUACAAUUAUAAAUUUACAUAAGCAUAAAGGUGAACAACUUAAUCAUACUGUACUUUUUUUUUCUUUUUAGCUCUAGUGUAAUUAAAACGAAGAUUUGCCCUGAUUCUAACCAAACGCUGCUUGAGAUUUGACCAAGACAGGCGAGUUUUAAAACGUACAAAUGACAAUUUGUCUGUUUUUAGUCUGUGCACAAUGAGAAUGAAUUGGUGAAGUUGUCUUUUGGUUCAGUUUUUGGUCAGAUCUGUUUGUUGUAUUGAUACUGCAGCCACUUAUGGACGUCACUUCUGUAAUCCUUUUUUAUUUGAUUUUAUUUUUGUUGUUUUUAAGUCCUGAAAAGGGGGAUCUUAAUGUUUGCACAUGAAUUGUCCUGGUACACAAGUAAACCCCAGAUGAUUUAAGGCGAUCAUUCCCCCACGCAGGUGAAACCUAAUAACACAUAUUUCUGGAUGUUUUUUUUCUGGAGUACUGGGAAUAGUCGUCCAGUGCUUGUUCUUGUUCUAAAUGUAAUUCUUUGUCACACUUUUGAAAAUUGUUAGAACUAUAACGCGAUCAUGAUUCUGCUUCCAUGUGGCCACCAUUAAAUCUCUUAAAACGUCACGUCCUCAGAAAGUUAAUACCCUACUGCUAAAUAACCUGGAUGUGUUGGAAACAGUCAGCAGAGAGCUUCAUAAAGUAGUAUUGUGAUUUUUGAGUUUUGACAUUGUAAUUCGAUGGUCCAGGUUUUUGACUUAGCAGUUUGAACAACACAUACUUGUAAAUAUGCAUUUUCUAGGUAUUUACAAACAAGAACUUUGGGAGCGCCUCAAUUUUGUAGAAGCUGUUCAAAGAAGAGGUAUGCCCUUUUUAAUUAUGCAAAUUAACAAAAAAAAAGAAUAAUAAUUAUAGAAAUGGACAACAGCAACCCAGUUCGUAGUUGCAACAUCUCGUAAUGUUUAAGGUUUUCUUUUAUUUCAAUUUUUUUUUCCUGUAUUUUUUUUUUUUAAAGAGGGUGUCUGGCUGAUGGGACAAAGAGGAGAAUUUAUGUUGCAGCUGCAUCAGACAACUUAUUUCACUGUACAAUACAUAUUUUUUAGUAUAUGUUGCUGGAUUUGUCCUGUUUUGUUUUGUCAAUACUUCACACGGCUAUACAACAAUCAACAUGGAUUAUUUUGUUUUCAAUGUGAAGAAUGUUUUCUUUUCAUGCAUGUUGAGAUGACCUGGCUGGUUUUAAUCCCUGUUUUUAUCAGUUUGUAUUGAUUUGUGGAUGAAAAAGAAAAAAAAAAAAAAAGAAAAAAAAAAAAAAAGCUUUUGUUCAACCUACCGAGUCAAAUUUUGGUAUAUUAUUUCAUGUGUACAAUAACUUGUGACAUUAUCAGCAAAACUAUUAUAAUAUUUUACUAACAUGUCAAGCAGAUAUGUAUUGGUCAUGUAUUUUUUUUUUUUUUUUUUUUUUUUAAUCUGCAGUUACUCAGCAGGGCUAACUCUGAGGUUGCUCCCUGGUAUGUUUUUGAGGUUGGUAGGAUCUGUUUUUCCACCAAACAGUCAUUGGCUAAUUUCUGAAGUCGUGCAAUACUAAUAUGUCACAGCUUCUCCGGCUACAGUUUAUUUAUUUUUUGAAGCAAGAGGAGAUUGAGCCAAAGACAUUUUUAAAGGGAUUUUUACGCAAGGUUUCUGUCAGUAAUGUUCAGAAAAAUCCGACAGAAACUUUGCUAUGAAACGGAGGGUCUUUACUUUUUAACUGAAGCUGGUUGUCGUAUGAUUUUUUUUUUUUUUUUUUCUUAAAACAUACUGUGUUGCCUUUAAAAGAAAUCGAAACUGAACCGACCUGUGGCACAUAGAACGGGAGCAACCUUCUGCCCAGCCAGUAGAGAGCACUGUGUUCAGCCUUCUCCAAACACCACAUCUCCUCCUGUUCUCUGUUUGCUCUCCUCUGUUCUUCCCUUUGCUGCAGUGAAUCAAUGGCUCACCUGUUCUCCCAGCCGCCCGGUCCCAUUGGUUCCUCCAUCAUGGGUACAAAAUUAAUGAAUAGAUCUGUUUUGCUCUUCUUCAUUUCAAUUGGUGGUGGUUACAAUAAAGGAUUUAGACUGUGUUUCAAAGGUUUAUUUUCUUUUUUUAUUUGUUUCUCUAUUAAAGUGUUUUUAUUGAAAA